CCGCCCCCCGCCCGGGCCCGGGCCCCCGCCUCCCCUGCAGGCGGACUCGUCCGCUCCCAGGCCGGCCCAGCGCCCUGGACAGGGACCGGGCCGAGCGGAGCCGUCGCGCUAGCGCUGCGCUGCGGGUCGGUGCGCCUAGCGGAUCGGAGCUGCGCGCGGAACUGUGCUGCCCCGCCCCGCUCCACCCGCGAGGGUGGCCCGAGGCAGCCGGGAUGACAGCUCUCCCCAGGAACCCUGCUGCCUGCUGAGAAACAUGAUCAGCAAGUCCCGCUGGAAGCUCCUGGCCAUGUUGGCUGUGGUCCUGGCUGUCAUGAUGUGGUAUUGCAUCUCCUGGGAAGACAGGUACAUCGAGCUUUUUUAUUUUCCCAUCCCAGAGAAGAAGGAGCCGUGCCUCCAGGGUGAGGCAGAGAGGAAGGCCUCUAAGCUCUUUGGCAACUACUCCCGGGAUCAGCCCAUCUUCCUGCAGCUUAAGGAUUAUUUCUGGGUCAAGACACCAUCUGCCUACGAGCUGCCCUAUGGGACCAAGGGGAGUGAGGACCUGCUCCUCCGGGUGCUAGCCAUCACCAGCUACUCCAUCCCUGAGAGCAUCCAGAGCCUCAGGUGCCGCCGCUGCGUGGUCGUGGGGAACGGGCACCGGCUGCGGAACAGCUCGCUGGGAGAUGCCAUCAACAAGUACGAUGUGGUCAUCAGAUUGAACAAUGCCCCAGUGGCUGGCUAUGAGGGUGACGUGGGCUCCAAGACCACCAUGCGUCUCUUCUACCCUGAAUCUGCCCACUUCGACCCCAAAGCACAAAACAACCCGGACACACUCCUCGUCCUGGUAGCUUUCAAAGCAAUGGACUUCCACUGGAUUGAGACCAUCCUCAGUGAUAAGAAGCGGGUGCGAAAGGGUUUCUGGAAACAGCCUCCCCUCAUCUGGGAUGUCAACCCUAAACAGAUUCGGAUUCUCAACCCCUUCUUCAUGGAGAUUGCAGCUGACAAACUGCUGAACCUGCCAAUGCAACAGCUACGCAAGAUUAAGCAGAAGCCCACCACAGGCCUGUUGGCCAUCACGCUGGCCCUCCACCUCUGUGACUUGGUGCACAUUGCUGGCUUCGGCUACCCAGAUGCCUACAACAAGAAGCAGACCAUUCACUACUAUGAGCAGAUCACGCUCAAGUCCAUGGCGGGGUCAGGCCAUAACGUCUCCCAAGAGGCGCUGGCCAUUAAGCGGAUGCUGGAGAUGGGAGCCAUCAAGAACCUCACGUCUUUCUGACCUGGGCGAGAGCUGUAGCCUGUCGGUUGCCUACUCUGCUGUCUGGGUGACCCCCAUCUGUGGCUGUGGGGAUGCCUGGUGCCAGUAUGACCCACUUGGACUCACCCCCUCUUGGGGAGGGAGUCUCGGGCCUGGCCAGGUCUGAGAUGAGGCCAUGCCCCUGGCUGUUCUUACGGAGCCGAGAUCCAGUCAGGGUGGGGGCUCUGGGGCCACGGGAGCCCCACCAGGGCAGGGGGCUUGUUGCUGUGGAACCCCCUCUCUGCCAGCACCAAGCGAUUAUUUAAUGGGCUAUUUAAUUAAGGGGUAGGAAGGUGCCAUGGGCUGGUCCCAUGCAUCCAGGAAAGAGGCCAGUAAAGUAUUCUGCCCACUUUUUGUAAAAACCUUCAGCUGAUGGCCCCAUCAAGUCCUAGACCCAGCACCUGCCUCCCAGGAGGGCAGGGGCAUCGGGAAUGGGUGGGUGCCCUCCAGAGAGGGGCUGCUACCUCCCAGCAGGCAUGGGAAGAGCAGUGGUGUGGGGGUUCCCCCGAGAAUGGAACCUCAUCUAGAAAAGAGGUUACAAACCUACCAUUAAACUAUUUUUCCUAAAACGGAA